GUGGACCCGUCACUUUGACACCGAUCUCCGACAGACUUGCCAGGCUAUUCGGCAGUCGGGUUCCUCCCGUGGACCAAUUCUUCGUCUUUGACUUCAGUUCGGGCCUCAGUAAACAGCACCGCCCCGACGCUUGUUUGUUUGGAACGCUGAACGAUCCAUCGCGGAGCGCCGGGCUCGAUUGACACUGUCUGCUGAUCUGCUGCUGCGGAUUGCUCGGAAUAACAAGGCUGCUCGCUAAUUCCCGACUCGAGUCGCCUCCGAAAAAGCGAGCAGGGCAGCCAGGAACGCCGCUCCGCCGGAGCCUGCACCCAAGAAUGUCUUCGGGAGACCUUUACGAGGUGGAGCGGAUUGUGGACAAAAGGCGCAACAAAAAGGGCAAAUUGGAGUACCUCAUUAGGUGGAAAGGCUAUGGAAGUAAAGAAGACACGUGGGAGCCUGAGCAUCAUCUCCUGCACUGCGAGGAGUUCAUUGAUCAGUUCAACAGCUUGCAAUUGCACUCGCACAAACAAGGCAAGCUCCCCAAAAACCGGGGUAGAACACUCAUCUCCAGCCACACAGGUGCCAGAGACAAUUCCAGAGCUGAAGUCCGCCAGAAGAAAAGCAGCUGUGGCCCGGCUGUGGGGGUACGAGUAGGCACCGUCGUAGGCCUUGGAAGUCGAGGGUCUGCGUCCACUCAGAAGCAGAAGAAGUUGGACGGCACACCUGGGAAUGCACUUGGUCACCGCAUGGGAAAAACCAUCAUGUACAAGACUCCUCCGCUCGGGGCACCCCGCUUUGUGGCCCCGUUGAGAAAGCCACAUAAUGGACUCCAGAAUGGAGAGAUGGAGACACACUUAUACAGGGCACCUGCUCGACCACAUCAGCCACCGUCGGAUGGAGUCAAGGAGGAGUUCGGUGAUGUGAAUACUUCAGGUCAGCACUUUAUCAGUGAGCUGGACUCAUCUCUGGCCAACGACAAGAUGCAUUUGCACAGUUCAGUCAAGCGGAAACUAGCCGAGGAGAAGGGCUAUGUGUUCGACAAAAGGCUCAGGUACAACGUGCGACAGAACGAGAGCAACUGUCGAUACCGAGACAUCGUGGUCAGGAAAGAGGAGGGAUUCACUCAUGUCCUGCUGUCCAGCCAAACCACUGACAACAACGCCCUGACACCCGAGAUAAUGAAAGAAUUGUGUCGAGCACUGGGGAACGCUGCGGCAGAUGAUAGUAAAUUAUUACUGCUGAGCUCCGUGGGGUCUAUUUUCUGCAGCGGCAUUGAGCCGUCAUAUUUGAUCGGUCGCCUGUCCACCGACCGUCGGAAAGAGAGCAGUCGAAUUGCAGACGCUGUGAGGGACUUCGUGUUGGCGUUCAUCCAUUUCAAGAAGCCGAUCGUAGUGGCCAUCAACGGACCCGCGCUGGGUUUGGGGGCCUCCAUCUUGCCUCUCUGUGACGUGGUCUGGGCCAGCGAGAGAGCCUGGUUCCAGACUCCGUGUGCAGCGCUUCAUCUCACUCCGUCCGGCUGCUCCUCCUACACCUUCCCUCAGAUUUUGGGUGUAGCUCUGGCCAAUGAGAUGCUGUUCUGUGGCAGAAAACUAACCGCUCAGGAAGCCUGCAGUCGAGGUCUGGUGUCACAAGUCUUCUGGCCCACGACCUUCAAUCAAGAAGUCAUGCUGCGUGUGAAGGAGAUGGCCGCUUGUAAUGCAGUGGUCUUAGAAGAAUCCAAAUGCCUUGUGAGGAGCAUCCUGGUGUCCAUUCUGGAGGAGGUGAACGAGAAAGAGUGUCAGAUGUUGAAGCAGCUGUGGUGUUCCACUAAAGGACUGGAGGCGCUCUUCUCCUACCUGCACAACAAGGCGUAAAGCUCGGACAACGUCCGACUGAAGAAUCAUCGCCAUUUGUGUUCCACCCAUCAGAGGAUUGAGUUGCAAUGACAUCUGCUCGGAGUCUCUUCCGUCUUGUCUUCAUGGACCGUCCAGAUAUUUAUUCUUCUCUUUUGACAGGGCCAAAUGUGUGACACGUCAAUGUGAAGUGGGUACAGUGUGUUUCUGUACACCAUCAGGGGUGUGUUGUUAGUCUGAUAGCACAUGAUAAAUUGGUAAUAUAUAUAUAUAUGAAUAUGUAUUUAUUUAAAAUGUUUCCAGAAGUUUCAGGGUUUCUUAGUUAGUUGUUGGAAAACAGUGUGAACCAAAGUUUGUGUGAAGAUGUUUGUUUACAUGGACAGCAACGCAAAUAUUCAUUGAAGCUCAUCACGACCAAAGCUUUCAUUUGAGAAGGAGUUUACAAGAAGCACUUGUAUGAACAAUGUGGGUGUGGAUCACCUUCAUUUUAGAACAAAUGAGAAUGAGAGUUCCGGUCAUGUUAGCUGUGGAGGCACUUGUGCCAGGCUUAUUUUUGUAAUGUCGGACACAACCGUCUCUGUCUUCUUUGGACAUUGCUGCCCAUCUAAACAUACAACAUGAGUUCUUCACCACAACAGCAGUAAACACUACCUACAUGUUGAAGUAAAGAAUAUUUGAAUGGAAGAAAGCAACUCUAGAUAGUGAGAUUCAGAUAAAGAAAUGGAAAAUAAUGUGAAAAACACUGAGGCUAAGAGGCUGGAAUCAGAUGACCGGGUGGCAAACAGGUGAAUAUAAACUGCUGUAGUUGUCAGGAAAGUCUUGUAACUCUUCCUGUGAGUUUAGCGUCUGUCAGACAUCAGUGUUCCGAUCAAUAAUCAAAACUGACUUUUAAAUCAAAUGUAUGAAAUGAUUCAUAAACUCCGGUAAAUGUCUCCGGCUUUGAAAAGCUGAGGAACAUCAGACUUCACUGCACAGGAUCUGUGGGGCGCUGGGGGAGUGUGUUUGGGUCAGAGGGUCGAGCAGGUGUGAGUCGUAGACAACGUCACGGAGAGGAUGGUUUAUGGACCGCUUUCAAACUGAAACUGAACAGGGGCAAAACUGGCAAAAGCAAUAAUAAGUGCGUUUGUUGGAGGCUAAACAUCUCAUACUGGUAACACAAACGUCACUGGCAUAUUCUCUUCCCCAUCUUUGAUCAACUGCAUCCAUUUUUCUUCUUGAACAACUUCAUUUUGACAUCCAUAUACUUAUAUAUAUAUAUACACCUGAAUCUGAACUGCUGUGGUCUCUGACUCUUUAAAUUGGUGGGGAGUUUCAUUUCUGGUUGACCAGAAAAAGCCAGCCAGAUUUGUUCCUCUGGGCCUUGAGAUGGUUGAGGACUGCAUCACUGAUGUCCAUGAAGAGGCGGCAACACAUCAUGUCACUUCUUCACGUAAGGUUCCCAUGAGCAGGAUGUGGAAGAGACGGUUGCCUCUCCUGUUUCCUGUAUCAUCUUGAUGCGCAGCGUUCCUCCCUCCUCGGUUCUGGUUCCACUCAGAUGAGUCAUCACCUGAUCCUACUGUGAAGAAGGUCUAGAGCUGUUUGGUUCGAGGAGUGGCUCAUCGUGCGGUUUCUGCUCUCGUCUUUUGGAGGGUUUCCAUUUAAAGCUGGAAAAUACUCAAGAAGCAUAAACGUCUAGAGUUCAGGGGAGGGGAAGUCAGGCUUUGGUGUGUGGAUGUGAAGAAGCAAAGUUUCGAUGAACAGAAUGCAGUUCCUUGAAAUGUUUGGCCUGUAACUGCUUUAUACUGUAGGCACCGAAGUCAUCGCAGUCACUCCCAUGAAAAGCCUGUCAAGAACCUGAGGUUGGCAUGGCUCCGUCUGGUGUGUACGAUAUUAAGAAACCUUGGAUGUGGUUGUGUAUAAAGUGUUUUGUAAAUCUCCCAAUAUCUUUGUGCCAUUGUACAUGUGCAGAACAGAGACGACAUGGAUGGUGACGCCGGCAUGUUCAGCUCUGUACCUACCCACAUGCUGCCUGUGGAAAUAUCUUGAAUUUCAGGGUGUCUUUUGUACAUUCAUUGUAAGUAUUGUUCCAAAUGGUAUUUUUCUAUUUAUUUGAAAUGACAAUGUGGAUGUGCAGUGUGAUUGUGCCCUCCCUCGCCACAAUGACAGUAAAGCGAGGUCCUCUGUUUGGAAGCGUGUACAGUCUGGUCAAUGUUGACUUCUAUUUGGCUCUGAUGAUGGAUGGGGUUGUACAGUAAAUGGCAUGUAUAGUGAUUUAAUAUAUUUGAUGACACUGGUUUAGAGGUUUGAACAAUUGGUUGGUGGUUGUUUCUUUGACAUAUUUAUUUCUGGGCUGUGGAAAGUUGCGGAUAAAAUGUUUAUGAUUUGAAAGCAAGGAAUAAAACACUGACUUCUGAUGUUUUUUUGUUUCUUAAUUGAAGUUCUGUAAAAGCUUACGCAGUUGUAGAAUUACCUUUAAUGAGUUUUGAAGUGUUGGAGUCGUUUUCAACACAGUCUUUUCAGUUCUUCAUGUUAAAGCUUCGGUUAAACCUGUGGCAGUGAAAUGUUUUCACCCCAGUGGACUUGGCUAAUUCACAAACACUGGUGAAAAAUAGUUUGAUUCUCUCUCACGGACAUGUUGAGCAAAGGGAAACUACCUACCAUGACGUCAGUGAGGAAGCUACACAAACACCCACGACACUCAGAGAGCUGCUACACAAUAAAAGUCAUGUGAAGACAAUUGCAUGGCUGUCUGUCCGUAGUUGAGACGCAAGCUGAUUUAUGACUUUACAUUGCGGCUGCUGGGUUGAAUUGCUAGGCUGAGCUCAAUAACCAUUUAGUGAUUGUUUAUUUGAUUUAAAAUGUGUUUCUUUAGACACUAGAUUUCUUCUUCAUAUUUGAGGUCGGGUUGUGGAAGCAUCUGUCAGCGUACAGAGCCCCAGAAUUCCCAGGAACCAGCUCCUGUGGGACACACACUGAAGGAGUUCCACACCAGAGAUAUUUCUCCUGCAUGUCCUAGGUAGGUCUGGUAUCUCCUCCCAGUUGAGCAUACACAGAACACUUUACCACGACGGCACCACUGAGGGCCUCCAG